CAGAGGCCCAACCUCCAACAAACUCCUCGACCUCCAAUCUUGCCUGUACCUUACGAUGCGAUCGCUGUAUUCUUGUUGUAAUCUGUUCUUGCUACACUGCUCUUGACCGGACUGCCUGACUUCUGGAGAGCUCACUGUUGCGCGACUUGAGAUUGUCCUUUCUCCCCUUCGCUUUGAAUUCCCAGGUCCGGCAGAAACAUCUUCAAUUGCCUGUGAAGAACACCACUUCACUGCUGCAUGUGCGCUGCACAAAAUGACUUCAACACCGCCUCUUCAAAUCGCAUCGACUCCUCAGACUCCUCAGACUCCUUUACAUGGCGCCGCUUAUGACCGUUCUAAUACCUACUCCAAUCGACGGGCUACAAGAACAAGCUCUCGAAUUGCCUCCGCCAAUCUUCACACCACUCCCGAUGGGCGCGAAAAGAUACCUGAAGUUGAUGUGUCAGUGACCACUCCGCGUUCAUCAAGAAAAUCAAGGCCCAGGACGGCCCCUGGAAUUCAGUCGCCUGAGUCAACACCAAAGCACAAGGCACCUCGUCGUGUCCAAGUCAUCUCGCCUCCAUCACCCAACGGCGACACCCUCCCAUCAAGCACCAAUACGCUUCCUCCAUCCAAGUCGCACCUUCAACCUAUGGCAUCCUCCUCCACCACGAUCUCCGACGGCAUGCUGCCGACUCCGGUCAAAACUCCGAGGAAGAAAAUGGUUCCCAAAGCAAGCAAGGCCGCCCGUGCACUCUUCCAAGACAAUACCUUGAGUGUGAACGAUCUGGUGGACUUUGAGCAGAGCCCUAGAAGAGAUCGAAAGAAUAAACGCUACAACGGCUUCUCACUCGAAAGCUUCUCCGUCGAAAAUGAUGACGGCCGCGGGCAGGUCCAAAUUUACACCGACUCUCGUGACAGAGUUCCUCACGUCGACAAAAGUGAGUCCAAUCCCUUCAUCGAGCGGAACCUGAACGGGGAAACUACCUCUACUCGUAAAAUUGCCGGGACUUCCAAGCGCCGUAAGGUUAGUGGAGAGCGGAAGAAGCUGGAUCCACAGGUCGAAGAGGCCAUUCAGAAGGACGACGGCAUGGUUUACGUAUUCCGUGGCAAGAAGGUCUACCGACGAUUUGACGAUGAAGAGGAAGAGGAAGAAGACAUUGAUGAUGGCGAUCUCGGUCUCUUGGAGCACACGCCCAAAGACUCCGAUGUCAAGCGGCUCAGAACCCUCACCCGCCGGUCAAUCAAGCCAAAACGACUUUUCCAGACUGAAGCGCAGCAAAAAGCACGCGAGGCCGCACGGGAGGAGGAAGCUUUGACUGACAUUGAGGAACCGACCGAUCAAAGGGAAUAUGCCUCGGGAGCGUCCGGCCACAAUAAAUCAAACGACAUGUCCCCCUGCCCAGCGACAAGGAGGUCACUUCGCUCAAGUGGUCCUGCUCCUGCAAAAAAUGAAGAAGCCGAUAUAAUAGAUGCUGGUCGUCGUCCAACUCAAAAAGGGAGCCCUUUUGAUUCUUGGCCAAGACUCAAAAGCGGAGGGCGACCGGCUGCUGGUACUCCCAGGGGAAAGAAGCGCGGCGCGGCGGAUAUAUUGGAAGACAGUGUUGGGACCAUACCCGUCGAAGCCAAAAAGUCCAAGACUUGAGAUGGUGCAUAUCAGCGUUGGAUGGGUGUUGCCUUUUGUGUCUCUAGGAGAUUCCCUUCGACCGUGGGUUACUAUGAUUGUAUAAGAUGUGCUCUUGGACACAAGAGUAGUUGCUUUCAGAUGACGGUUUCCAAGCAAGGCGGUGCUGCUCCGGCUACCAGCAUUUUACAUGCAGGACUUUUGCUAUUCUCGAAACCCUUCUUAGGGAUGUGGACGUGGUGGUAUCCCGGAAUGAAUAUUUCUACUUCAAGUGUGCAGGCUGUAGCUUCUAUGCCUGGGCAAUCUUCGCUGAGACUGACAGG